GCCGGGACGUGCCCGAGGGCGACACUCGGGGUUGGGACCCGGCGCGCUGCCGCGGGUCACGUGCUGCGGAGGCGCGGGGAGGGGCGGCUAGGCGGAGUUAAUAGCCCGGACGCCCGCGGGCCCCACGUUUUGCCCGGGUUCUGGCUGCCGGAAUCGCUUUCCGGACGCGCCUGCUCUUCGCCAUUCGCUGCCGUCCGACGAUUUCUCUCUCCAGUAAGAAAAAUGGGAUCCGUUGCAGUUGAUCCACCACUGAGUGUGGUGACUCGGGUGGUCAACCUGCCCUUGGUGAGCUCUACAUAUGACCUCAUGUCCUCAGCCUAUGUCAAUACAAAGGACCAGUAUCCCUACUUGAAGUCUGUGUGUGAGAUGGCAGAGAAGGGCGUGAAGACCAUCACCUCGGUGGCCCUGACCAGUGCUCUGCCCAUCAUCCAGAAGCUAGAGCCGCAAAUUGCAAUUGCCAAUACCUAUGCCUGUAAGGGGCUAGACAGGAUGGAGGAGAGACUGCCUAUUCUGAAUCAGCCAUCAACUCAGGUGAGCUUGGAACAAAAUGUUUCCUGUGGCUAUGUGCCAUCCUUCCUCCAGGUUCUCCCCAUCAAUAUUGAAUUUGCCAGGAAGAAUGUUCAUAAUGCCAAUCAGAAAAUCCAGGAUGCUCAGGAUAAACUCUGCCUCUCAUGGGUGGAGUGGAAAAGGAGCGUUGGGUAUGAUGAUACUGAUGAGUCCCACUGUGCUGAGCACAUCGAGUCACGUACUCUUGCUAUUGCCCGAAACCUGACUCAGCAGCUCCAGACCACGUGCCACACCCUCCUGUCCAACAUCCAAGGCUUACCACAGAACAUCCAAGAUCAGGCCAAGCACAUAGGGGUGAUGGCCGGCGACAUCUACUCAGUGUUCCGCAGUGCUGCCUCCUUUAAGGAAGUGUCUGACAGCCUCCUCACUUCUAGCAAGGGGCAGCUGCAGAAAAUGAAGGAAUCUUUAGAUGAUGUGAUGGAUUAUUUUGUUAACAACACGCCCCUCAACUGGCUGGUGUUUGAUUUCACCACCAUAGACUUGGCAUCUGAGACUGAUGAAAUUCCAGAUAUAAUAGCUUUGGAAGAGGAGAACAGAUCAAAUCAUUCACAUGCUAAUGGCUUUGUCCCCUCAUGGCAAAAUGGUGAAUAACUAACAACAACAACAAAAUACCCCUAGGCCAGGCGAGGUAGCUCCUGCCUGUAAUUCCAGCACUUUGGGAGGCCGAGGCA